CGUAUAUGUGUUUCUUCUUUUCCUAUUUUUUUUUUAUUAGGAGCUUCUUUUCCUAUUUCUACUCGUAUAAGUUUUCCUUUAAUUAAUUAACUAAACAAGCAUAAUAUUCGAAUUGGUUGGAGUUUAUAUCUGUAACUGCAUCGAGCAUUUGUUACUCCUGAAGUCCUGAUUUUGGAUAGGAAUACUCGUUAAUUAAAGGUUGAUUAGUUUGAUGGCAACUACAAUUUUGCGGGAUCGUCCUCAAUUUGGAACUUUGAAGAGAUGUAAAAAGAUCAGAGAAAGGGACCGAAUUAGUGAUUUGCCAGAUGAGAUCCUGAUACAUAUCCUGACUCUGUUGACACUCAAGGAAGCAACAGUUACUGGCAUCCUUUCUAAGAGAUGGAGAAACUUAUGGACAUCCUGCCCUAAUCUCGACUUUGAAUGUUUGAAGCCAUUAAAGUUGGGUAAUCGAACAUAUAUGCGAUGCGUUGACAAUAUUUUACGACAAUAUAGUGCUAAAAAGUUGCAUCGAUUUAGGAUUGCCCGUCCGGGAGAACCUGGCAUGCUUUAUUAUUUUGAUGAUUGGAUUUCCUUUGCCAUAAAAAGUGGUGUUUCUGAGCUUGAGCUAAACUUAAAUGCACAUCCUGGUCCUGAUGAUCCGAGGAAUUAUUAUUUUCCUGCUCAUGUUUUUAGAUUGUCGCAUUCUGCUUCUCCCAAUAUUGGGAAACAAUUUGAGUCUCUAAGAGAUCUCUGCCUAAGAUCUGUAAACCUCGCGGACGAUGUUUUCGACUUGAUUUUAUCUAGCUGUUCGUCUCUUGAAAGAUUCACUUUGGAGUACAGUCUUGGGCUGGUAAAUGCAAAAAAUACAGCUCCUCACCUAAAGCUGAAAUCACUGGAGUUGUACUGCUGUAAAGACCUAGAAUAUUUGCAAGUCUUGGCCCCAAAUCUCAUGUCAUUCAAGUAUGCAGGAAGCCAAAAAACUCUUUGUAUCAAGGAUGCUAAGCAGCUUGCUUCUUUGAGGCUAACAAACCUUAGAGACCGCAGUACAAGCGCGACCUUAUCAGGAGCUAAAAACUUUGUUUUCAGUCAGUUCUCCUCUCAUUUCCCAAAGCUUAAAUCUUUGGUUGUUUCAGCUCAUCUCUUCCAGGGCAUGACCGAUUUUACAGAGCUCUGUGUUUUUAGUAGUCUAAAACAACUGGCAGUUGACAUUGCUCAUGUUUGGUCAACCUACGUGGGCUACAAAGUAGCUGCUUCCGUAAUCAGGGGAGCCCCUUUAUUGGAGCUACUUGAGAUAGUUCAUCUUGAAACAGUCUUGACUGCUGAAAUUGAUGCCACAUAAUACAUUCUAACACUGCUGACAGGAGUGACAGGUGAAAUAAAUAUGCUGAGCUGAUUUCUUGUCUUUUCUACACAUCUGACAAUCUGAUUCUGCACAUUUUCAACUUCUGCAUGAUGUCUCGUAGCAUUAGAUCUGCUCCAGUUGCCAUGCACUUUGUUUUGAUUGCCCUUUAACCAAGAAUAACCAUUGGCAAUGGCUUACCUAUUUUUACCAGUUUCCAAUUUCCAUCCCUUUUACUCAAACCCAGCAGUCAUUUUUUUUUUUCGAAUACGUGCCAAUAGCCGCUGCGUUCCAUAAGAUGCAGUCUCUAACCCGCAAUGCUUUUUAGGCUUGCGGAUGUGAUCUUCAGCAACAAUAUGACCUACUCAGAUUAACUCCCUUCCCACAUUUGUAUGUUUUGAUGGUAUAAUUUAAGGAUUCAGCAUGAAUCAAUUAGAGAACUUUUUGUUUGCUCUUUUCAAUAGAAAACAAGCCAAACAAGCUUUUCUAAUAUGCUUUAAAAUAGUCAAAUAUAGGGUGUGUUCUAGAUCAGAUCUGAUCUGAUCUGUUUUGAUGAGAUCUGGUAAGAGCUGAAACUAUUAGUACAAAGUUGAAGAGAACAGGGCCAUAAUAGACCUCUAAUAUGAUUCUUAAACUACCACUCCUUUAGAGCAUUGGAAUUUUAAUGACCUGAUUAUCCAUGUGAGAUUGUGAGGUUGUCUGGAAAGUGAUUUAUUCCAUUCAGUAUAUGGAGUAAUAAAAAAGUGUACUACAUGGCAACGCCAGUAGCUGGGAAAUAUCGUAAGAUAUCGUGCUAAUUCUAGCUUAGCAAGAUCAACUCUAUUGUCUAAGAAAUCAUACAUGAAUUUGGCCUUCUUAUAUGGCUUGAAUUACUCAUUUUCUCUAGCACCUUAAGCUUUGGAAAUUAACUUCUUUUCUUGUAUAUUGAAAACCAGUAUUCACUACUCCGUAUUUAGUAGUUUCCCACCCAUCAUUGAGCUUGAUCUCGAACAUAUAUAUGUCUACAUUAGUGUCGUUAUGUGAGUUUUCAUAUUGUUGUCAACAUGUGUGUGGACUGUUUGCUACAUGAUAAUGUGUUCUGGUUUGUUCUUCACUAAGUUCAUUUCCCGAGAGUCUUACGGAAGUGGGUUUCAAUUCUUGAUUUUUUUUAGUGCAGUUAAUUAUUACUGCCUUAUUAUAAUUUGAUUAAUUGGAUAAAUGCUAUGAAUUUCCUCUAUACUGCUUGUAGGUCCCGCCAUUUAUUGUUGACUGGCUGGAAUACCCCGCGCUAAAAUUGCCUUCUAUGUCUCCGCCACAUCAGACACUAAAGGAGGUCAAAUUGUUUGGCUUUAGAGGUGAUGAUAACACCAUGGAAUUUCUUUCCUAUCUUUCC